AUUUUAUCAAACUUCAAAUCAUUAAUAUCAUUAUUGUAUAUUAUCGUUUUGCUUUGCUAUUUCUGUUGUGUAUUAUCCCUUAUUUUCCUAAUUUCAAUUUAUAUUCAUAGUUUGUCUUGAUAGAACCGAACGCAGAUAUUUGAAAAAUGGCAAAACCCACUGGGUAUGACUCUCAUAGUGAAGGUCCAGGAUUUGUGGGUAUUAGAUUUUGCCAAGAAUGCAAUAAUAUGUUGUACCCAAAAGAAGACAAAGAAAACAAGAUUUUAACAUAUGCAUGUAGAAAUUGUGACUAUAAACAGCAUGCAGACUCAAAAUGUAUAUAUGUCAACAAAAUUAUGCAUGAAAUUGAUGAACUCACUCAUAUUGUGGCAGAUGUCAUCUCUGAUCCUACAUUACCCAGAACAGAGGACCAUCAGUGUCCAGAAUGUGGUCAUCGUGAAGCAGUAUUUUUUCAAGCCCAAACUCGAAGAGCUGAAGAAGAGAUGAGAUUAUAUUAUGUGUGUACAAAUCCUCACUGUGCACAUAGGUGGACAGAGUAGAAUUUACUCCUGUUCUUGAAACAAGAACAUACAUUGUAAUAACCUACUCACCUGAAUAUGAUCUAAAAGUUUAACAAAAUGAAUUAAAGAUUUUCUUAAUGUCCCAAAGAUAUUGCAUUUUAUUUAUUGCCUAAUGCAAGCAAAUAUUCAAUAUGAAUACCAAUAACUGAAUAACAUUCCAUUUUGGAAUUGUUAUGAACAGUUUAUUGGACUUUAUUCUCACAAAUAGAAUAGACACAUACAAAACAUGCAUUUGACCUCUUUAUCACAUAGGUUGAACAAUAUAACUUGAUAAUUUAUAUAUUAUUAUAAUGUAUUC